CCAGCACUGCCACUCAGCAACCUACCCCAGUCCUGAGCCAAGUACAAGCCAAGUUCCGUUAGACUGACGCCACUGCGCAUGACCCCAACAUAACUUAUGCGCCCACCCCCGCGUCCUCAUAUUCGCUAUCCUUCCCGCUAUCAUGCUCGCGCUUUCCGCUUUUCCUCAACCUCAUCGUCAUCUUCCGCUCCACCACCCAACAAUCCGUACACUUUCCACAUCGGAGCGAGCUUCGCGGCCAAGCCGGCAGUGCGGUUCGCCGGCGAGAAGCCGAAGACGCCCUUCCCGUCGGACGGGAUUAUCGGGUCGUGGCGCAACCGAAUGCUCGGACGCCCCAAAGCCGUGCAUUCGCGAGACGCCGGGGAGGAUUUCUACUUCCACGUUAAUAUGCGCGCCAAGUCGGGUGUGUGCCUGGGCGUUGCGGACGGGGUGACAGGGUGGCUGGAGAGUGGUGUGGAUCCUGCGUUGUUUUCGCAGUGUCUCAUGUACCAUGCACACCGAUAUUCGCGCAGUGCAUGGGCGGGUGCACCGGUGGAUGAUGAUGCCGACGGCGAGCAUGAGGUCGAAGGAUGGGAAUUGACCCCGUAUGAGUGCUUGGAUCUCGCCUAUGGUGGGGUGCUGCGCGAGAAACUAGUUGAUGCGGGCUCAAGCACGGCGUGUAUCAUCAGUCUCAACGCAACUAACGGCCUGCUACGUUCAGCCAACCUGGGCGACAGCGGGUUCUCGAUACUACGGGACUCCAGUGUACUGUACACACAGCCCAUCCAAUCCCACUUUUUCAACUGCCCCAAACAACUGACGAAACUGCCGCAAACCGGACGACGGUUCACUCGGGCGUGUGUCGAUUCUCCCCGAGCAGCCGAGACAUAUGAAACUCAGCUGUGCGAUGGAGACAUCGUCGUCGCCUACACGGAUGGCCUUACGGACAACGUCUUUACCUACGAGAUGGCAGAAAUCUGCUCGCCAGACCCGGAGCUGCACACUGAUGCUGAGCAGGUGCAAGGAAUGGCAGACCGCCUGGUGACAUAUGCCCGCGACUGCAUGGCUGCGAAGUCGCGGGUCUCGCCGUUCGAGCGUGAGGCUGCCAGAGAGGGCAUGUUCUUUCCUGGUGGAAAACCCGAUGAGUGCGUCUUCUUUGUUGAGCUAGGCAGCACCUGACAUCGUCAAGCAUAACGGUUGUUGUCGCAUUGGUCCGCGAAAACACUCUCGUAUAGGCUUUCGUAUAUAUCAUGUAUAUCAAUUUUGUAACAAGUAAGCCACCAAGAGUUCAAUCAAUGUAAAUAGUCCGUCUACCACAUAUCGACAGGGGCUCCUAUCUUCCCAUCAUUUUGUAAUCACUCUGUCUGUUUCUGUGUGUUUGCUCUUGCUCUAAACCUCCAUCAUCAAAUAACAAAAAGGGUCUCUGCGAAAAUGGCAGCCUCUCCUUCCGCCGUGGACGAUGUGCAGGAGAACUGGGGUCCUUCUGAUGAAGCUGCGAUGGGCUCCCGACGAAGUGCUGAACCAAACGGCGACGCUCACACCCAUCUGAACAAUCCUCUCGACGACCGGGGGCUCCCAGACUCCCUGGACGGGGACUACGCUCGCGGCUCUGGCCUGGGGAAAGCUGACGCUUAUCGGGAAAAGCAAGUCAAGCCAAACAAAGUCUACAUUGGGGGCUUGCCUGAACAGACUCGCAUGGAGGACUUGCAGAACUGCUUUGGUCAAAUAGGAAACAUUGUCAACAUCGAGCUAAAAGUCGGAUAUGGCUUCGUGGAAUUCGAGAGCCGGCAAGCAGCGGAGGAGAGUGUUGCAAAAUACCACGAGGGACAUUUCAUGGGCAGCAAAAUCCGGGUCGAACUCUCGCAUGGAGGAGGGCGGACUGCAAAGUACAAAGGCGAUCCGGGCGCCUGCUUCAAAUGCGGAGGAGUUGGUCAUUGGGCGAGAGAAUGCCCUCACGAAGAUGACGGUGGACGUCGGCCAUACGACAUGCCCCCAGAUCGUGGCCGCGACUACGGUUCUCGGGAUAUGCCGCCUCGGGAUUCACGCUACGACUAUGGAGGGGCCCCCUCUCGAGACUACCGGCGCCCGCCUAGUCCUCCACGUGAUUAUCGGGACUAUCCUCCUCCUGCUGGUGGCCGGGGACGCGACUACGACGAUUAUCGGCGCGGUCCCCCGCCCGCUGAGCGUUACGGUGGCGGCGGACCUCCCGACCGCGGUGGUCGGUACCCUCCGCCCGACUACCGAGGCGCCGGUGGUUACGGGGGUCCGCCUCCUCCUGGAGCGUUUGAUCGCUAUGACCGACGGUCCAACGACCGGUACGCGUCGUACGGGGGUCCGCCCCGCGGCCGCAGUCCCCCAAGAGGAAGGGAUGAGUAUGAACGUGGCCCGCCUCGUAGCGAUUAUCCCGACUACCGAGGGCGGCCUCCUUCUCCAGCACGGUAUAACGAGUAUCCGCGACCAGGCGGUGGGGGAUACAGACGGCGCUCGGAAAGCCCUCCGCCGCGUUCUUCGGGCAGCGGGUACGAGCAAGGCUAUGGGGCUGGUGGCGGUUAUCCAAGCGGCGGCGGCGGCGGCGGCUACUCUCAGUCUGGGCCCUCUCCUGGCCGGUCUCGUGACUAUCUUCCUCCUGGUCGCAACGGUCGGGACGCUCCUCCUGCUGGCGGUGCUCCCUUUGAUGCUGGUGGCUACCGGCGCUCUUGAGUCCUGGAAUCUAGGGGCUACCUCCACCAUCAUUACUAACAUCUCCCUCUUACAAAAAAACAAACUAAAUACUUGAAUCGUUC